UAGACAAAAAAAAAUGACACUAAGCGUUUUUUUGGAUCUUAUGGUGAGAGGUGCGCCAGCUGUUUAUUUUAAACUCCUUUUUUCCUGGAAAUUAAUUUGCAUAUCAAGACUUAUGAAAGUAUUUGUUAAGCAAAUGGAAAUUAAAAAUUCAUGGGACAGUGUACAGGAAAAAAAAAGUUGCUAAUCUGGUCUAAUUUCGUGCGUGGAUAUUUUAAAGCUACUAUGUUUAAAUGUUUUAUUAAACAUGAUCAAUGAAUGAAUCCCCAACCUGUUAUGUGAAAAAAUAAACACUUGCAUAGCAACUCCAGCAGAGGGAGUGACAUGAACGCUAGCAGGUGUCAGCUAAGCUCCUAAGCAUCCUCACUAGUUGAGCGGACCUCCCUGGCUUCGCUGUCCGGGUCUUCAACGACCAUCAGCGGUUGCCGCUUCUGUCGCGGGUAGGGGGUAACCAGGUUUUGAGACACGGAUGCUCAUGUGUGUUCACUCACCCUUGUGUUUCCGGACGUGAGAACGGGAGGACCGCGCGAUGUCUGCGCCGGGGUUCACAAACCUCGACAGUUCUUCUGCGGGAUACAACCAGAACCCAACGUCGAACGGUGGAGCUGCGCCCCCCUGUCAGAACGGUCCACUACCAACCCACCCAUCCAUGUACCCUCCUGCAGGUUACUAUGGCGUCCCGCCUCCACAGCAGAGCUACCCCUCCAUCCCCAGCCACGCUACUUCCGCUCCCAGCAAAGCAUCAAUCACAAGCAGUGCCCACAGUCAGAACUACUACCAAAAGAACCACCAACAACAGCAGCAGCAGCAGCAAACACAACUCCCUCAGCAUCAAGUAGCACCGUCUCCAUACUCUGCUCCGCCGCCCUCUCAGCCGUACGCCACCCUCCCAUCUUUAGCACCUCCACCUUCAAAUGCCCAGUUCAACCAACAGGCAUUCCAGCAGCAGCAUACACUCUACACCACUCCAGGGUCCUACUAUGGUCAGCAAUCAUACAGAGCAUCUCCAGCACACCCCCGCCAUCAUCAUCAUCACCACCAUCAGCAGCAGCAGCAUCCUAGUUUUGUUUCAUCGCCAGCUGCCGCUCCCGUCUACCCAGAUGUUUCAUACCCAUCUGCCCCAGCGAGCAGCCAGUAUGCCCCCCACACUUCCUCCAACACCUCCACUCCUGGAGUCAUGUCCACCCAGAUGGGCGCGCCCUUGCAUCAGUUCAGCGCUCUGCCUCCAGCCUCGACGGCGGUGCAGCCGGGGUAUGGCACGGGGCAUCAAACGGCAGCGACAGUGAAUGGCAAAGGAAGCACAGAAGCUGCAGUUCAAAACAACAUCCACCAACACUAUGACCAAAGCCAUCAGGCCCCUCACAACUACAACUCCUACAGCGGGGUGACACAAAGCAGUGGAGGUGCGGAUGGAGACCGGCCGCCCUCAGGAACCCCCUCCGCUUCAGUCCAUUCCUCCCCAAGCCACCACCAAAGCCUGCGGUACGGAUAUGUUGCUAAUAGUGGAGCUAGCUCAGCCUCUGCCACCACCUCAGGCGCAGCUGCAGCCCCCUCGUCAUCCAGCACUGAUGAUGAUGAUGAGGAGGAGGAUGAGGAUGAGGAAGCAGGGGGCGACACUUCCUCCUCCAGUACCGGCAGCGCCUCUCCAGUUCCCAACAACUAUGAUUCCCUCGAAGGCGGCAGCUAUCCAGAUUCCAUGCCGCCCUCCAACAACAUGACCAAUCAGGCUCCGCCCUUUGGUAGCUAUGGUUACCACGGCAUGCAGUCAGCCUAUCAGCACGGACAAGCCCCCCGCCCCGAUGCUUCCCCGUCCCACAGCGUGUACAGUCAGCCGGGUUACCAGCAGUACUCCCAGCCUUUCCCCAACCUGUCCCAGCUCUCUGCAGCUCUGGGCGGGUUGAGCGGCGUCCCAGAGCUCGAGAUGGAGGCCCUCAGGCCGGUCAACCUGCUGCAGGAGAGGAACCUGCUCCCUUCCAGGCCCUUGGAGGCUCCUGAGCCGAACCUCAGCCCCGAUCUGAAGAAGGUCAACUGCAGCCCACAGACAUUCAGGUGCACCUUGACGAGCAUCCCUCAGACCCAGGCGCUACUCAACAAGGCCCGCCUCCCUCUGGGCCUCCUCCUUCACCCCUUCAGAGAUUUACAGCAGCUACCAGUGAUCACAUCCAACACGAUAGUGCGGUGUCGCUCGUGUCGGACGUACAUCAACCCGUUCGUCACCUUCCUGGACCAGCGCAGGUGGAAGUGUAACCUCUGUUAUCGAGUCAACGAUGUUCCAGAUGAGUUUAUGUACAACCCGGUAACAAGGUCAUAUGGAGAGCCUCACAAGAGGCCAGAGGUCCAAAACUCAACGGUGGAGUUCAUCGCUUCCUCAGACUACAUGCUGCGACCCCCACAGCCGGCGGUCUACCUGUUUGUGCUCGACGUGUCUCACAACGCCGUGGAGGCAGGAUACCUGAAGUACUUCUGUGAAUCACUUCUGGAGAACCUGGACAAGUUGCCAGGAGACGCGCGCACCAAGGUGGGCUUCCUCACCUUUGACAACACCGUCCAUUUUUACAACCUCCAGGAGGGACUGUCUCAGCCACAGAUGCUGGUGGUGUCGGACAUCGAUGAUGUUUUUAUACCGUCACAUGACAGUCUGAUGGUGAACCUAAAGGAGAGUAAAGAGCUUGUGAAGGAGCUGUUGACGUCGCUGCCGGCCAUGUUCAGUCAGAGCAGAGAGACGCACAGCGCUCUCGGUCCCGCCUUACAGGCCGCCUUCAAGCUCAUGUCGCCCACCGGCGGUCGCGUCACGCUGUUCCAGACUCAGCUUCCGACUCUGGGAGCAGGGAAGCUGCAGUCAAGAGAAGAUCCGAACCAGCGUUCCAGCACCAAGGGAGCACAGCACCUGGGUCCUGCCACAGAUUUCUAUAAGAAGCUUGCUCUGGACUGCUCAGGGCAGCAGAUUGGGGUGGAUCUGUUCCUGCUCAGCUCACAGUACGCCGACCUUUCAUCACUGGUGUGUGUCUCCAAGUACUCGGCGGGCAGUGUCUUUUACUACCCCUCCUUUCAUCACAUCCACAACCCGGCGCAGCUGGAGAAGUUUCAGAGGGACCUCGAUCGCUACCUCACCAGGAAGAUCGGCUUCGAGGCCGUCAUGAGGAUACGAUGCACUAAAGGUUUAUCCAUCCACACGUUCCACGGUAACUUCUUUGUGCGCUCCACUGACCUACUGUCCCUGGCUAAUGUGAACCCAGACUCUGCCUUUGCUGUCCAGAUGUCCAUCGAAGACUCUCUUGCUGAUUCGUCUCUGGCCUGUUUUCAGGCUGCUCUGCUCUACACGUCCAGUAAAGGGAAACGGCGGAUCAGAGUCCACACUCUGUGUCUGCCGGUGGUCAGUCAGCUGAGCGAUGUUUACGCCGGCGCUGACGUUCAGGCUAUCACAUGUCUGCUAGCCAACAUGGCCAUCGAUCGAUCGAUAUCUUCCAGCCUGUCAGAUGCUCGUGAUGCUCUGGUGAACGCCGUCGUGGAUUUUGUGAGCGCCUACAAAAGCAGCGUGUCGAACCUGCAGCAGUCUGGGGUCGUCGUCCCUGCAGCCAUGAGACUUUUCCCCCUCUACAUCCUGGCUCUGCUCAAACAGAAAGCGCUGCGGACAGGAACGAGCACGCGGCUCGAUGAGCGCAUCUUCGCCAUGUGUGAGUUCAAGACGCAGCCGCUGCCGCAGCUGAUGCGGAUGCUUCAUCCUGACCUGUACCAGCUGGAUAACAUGUCUGACCAGGGGGCGCUCCAUCUGAAUGAUACUGUAGUUCCUCAGCCUCACCUGUUGCAUCUUUCUGCUGAGAGGCUCAGCAGAGAUGGAGCGUUCCUCAUGGACUGUGGCAACGUGUUUUAUCUGUGGAUCAGCAAAUGCUGCAACGAAACGUUUAUCCGUGAUGUUCUGGGCUGCUCCAGCUACGCUUCAAUUCCCCCCAACAUGAGUCACAUUCCUGAGCUGCAGACUCCUCUGUCGGAAAGAGUCCGAGCGUUUCUCGACUGGCUGCAGGACAACAGAGCGUUCAGCUCUCCGAUCCACAUCAUCAAAGACGACGCGUCGGCGAAGGCGACCUUGUUCCAGCACCUGGUGGAGGACCGGUCUGAGUCGGCGUCGUCCUACCACGAGUUUCUGCAGCACAUUCAGCAGCAAAUGUCCAAGUAGGCUCCCGUAUCGCCCACAAAGACGUUCAGACGUUCCUCAAGCCCACGGGAAGAGAGUCCGGCCUCGCUGAGUGUGAGCUUAGUGCUAGGCCAGUUUUAGACUGGUGAGUUUCCUCUCCAUCUUCCAGACAGACUCGGUGAAUAAAUCCAUCAUGGAAAUUUGUGAAUCAAACGUUUUAGCUGUCAGAAAGAGAAGUUUUAAGAUGUUAUAUGGAUUUUAAUGAGCAACCGGAUGAAGUUUGAGCCGGUUCGAUCCAGAGAAGAGGAAUCAAAGUCGAGCCAUGAAGAUGCCACUUCCUUAGUUCAGUUUGUUUUGUGAGCCUCACAUGUAGCUCGUGCUAUUUUUUCGUUUUCGUUUUUUUUUCUCUGGUUGUAUCCUGAAACCCGCCCUCUCUGUUCUACCUUUCCCCUGUUUUGAACACACUGGAGAACAUAGAACAAGAAUCUGGCAUGUGCUUAGAAAUGCAAACAGCAUGUCUCGGUUUUGUCUGCUGCUAGGCGACGGCCAUCUUGGGAACAUGGUUGGGUUGGAUGUUUUUGUUUUUCCGUAAACUUUCGGUCCUCUCUGGUCCGCUGAGAGGAUGUUGGAUUCAUCAAACAACACAAUCUUCCAACCGUCUGCAAUUUCCUUCUCAUUGAUUUUAUUUUUUAAAGCGCUAAGGUCGAUAUCCACUUUGUAACUACUGAAAAGAAUCUUUUAUGUGUGAUAAUUUAUGAACCAGCUUAUUAAAUAAAAAGAAAAAAAGACAUUGA